GAUGAAGCUCCUAUCCUCCAUUGCGCUUGUCCUCUCGACAGCAGUUCUGUCGUGUACUGCGGCCGCUAUUACUCGCCAAGAGGUCGAGCAGAAUUCUGCAGCGGGCCUGCACCUCAUCGAUCUUGCCCCAGAUGUUGAACCAGUUUGGAAGACCGAAGAGGAGGUGGAGGCUCUCAUUGCCCAGGACGUCCGAUUGUUCGACAUAACCGAUGUCUACGACCCCGAUGCCGCAGGGACUGCCGCGAUCGCCGAAAGCAGUCUUUUGGCUACUGACACAGCACCGUCGCGGCAGGCGCAAGUGCAGCCCAUCCUCGCCAAUGUAUCUUUGUCGACGAUGGAGGAUUACCUGACCACCUUGACUGACUUCAACAACCGCUACUACACCUCCACGACCGGCCUGGAAGCCUCGCUGUGGAUCCGCGACACCGUCGCCGCCAUCAUCAGCGAGAAUCUUGGGAGUGGGGCGACCGUUGAGCUCUUCAACCACACCUGGCUGCAGCCCUCUAUUGUCGCUAAGAUCCCUGGAACAGCCUCCCAGUCGCCAGUGACCAUCAUCGGCGGACACAUGGAUUCGAUCAACUCGCGCAAUGCUUCUACUGGACGGGCGCCAGGUGCUGAUGACAAUGGCAGUGGCAGUUCAAAUAUACUAGAGGCCUUCCGUGUGUUGGUGGCUGCAGGCUUCAGGCCGAGCACCCCGGUUGAGUUCCAUUGGUAUGCCGCUGAAGAGGUUGGUCUCCGUGGCUCGCAGGCCAUCGCCACCAGCUACAAAAAUGUGGGUGUGGAGGUCAAGGCUAUGCUCCAGCUAGACAUGACCGCCUGCGUCAGGCCUGGAACGGACCCAGUUGUAGCCUUGGUUCCGGAUUUCACCGACAGUGGUUUGACGACCUUCAUCGGACAAGUCGUGGAUGAGUACACAAGCUUGUCCUGGGUCAUCAACGAUCCGUGCGGCUACGCUUGCUCUGACCACGCCUCGUGGAAUAUCCAAGGAUACCCUGCGGCUUUUCCAUUCGAAGGACUGUUCAGCAACGGUAACCCCAACAGCCACACCGAGUUCGACACCGCCAGCGUUCCUGGCUUCUCGCUGACUCACUCGCUCGAGUACGCCAAGCUGGCCGCUGCAUAUGCCUACGAGCUCUCUGCUUA